AUGGAGAUCCUCCUCACCGGAAAGUUCCCCUAUUGGGCUGGAACUGGAAGGCGCCUUAAGGCAACUUACAACAGUAGAAGUCAGAACAAUCAGACUCACCUACAUCCGCAGCUAGGAAUCGCGCAACUGAGAAAGAAGCAUGACCGGUUGAGCUCGAAGAACAAGAAACGGAAGCACGCUUUGGAACAAUCACAAAAGGGGGAUUCCCGGGGUAUUUCUAAGGACGGACCGCAUACCAACCAUUCCUUUUUGGAAUGGAAAGAAGAAAGGAUGGUCGUAGAUCACUGA